UCUUUGUAUUCUACUUUUGGAUUUUUUGUUGUAUGUUUUUUUUGCUUGACACCACCUGCACCAAAAGAAAAAUCCUUUUACUGUACUUCUAUGUACUUGGCGAAUACAAUUCUGAUUUCCUUUCCCUUCGAGUAGUACACGAGAAUAAAUAUACAUUUUUUAAAUACCCAGAUAAAAGACAACCUAUUGUACUGAUUAAAACAGACACGUGUUCUAACUACCUGUACUUAAUAAAUAGAAUUUAUGUUGAAUGACAGUUAUCUAUUAGCUAAAUCCAAAUAAUGCCUGACGUUACCGGGAUCUACAAUUUUUUGAUUCAAGUUAGAAAUGGGCAAGCAUGUGCCCUGUAACCCCGCCUUUUCCGGGUAUAUGGACCAGGCCCGGAAGUCACGUCACAGUGCAAUUGCGCGGCUAUUCAAAGCUGGACCGCUAUCCAAGGCGCUCAGAGGCUCUGUCUACCUGAAGUCUUUUAAAAAUAUUAAUUGUUCUUCUUUCUGUUUUGUACUUUAUUUAUUUUUUUACAUAAACUACAAUGGCGACCCCCCCAAAGAGAAUGUGUUUCAGUCCGGUACUUGACAACAGUUUUGAAAAGAGGAUUAAGAAAAUUUCUAUUGAGGGAAAUAUAGCUUGUGGAAAGUCGACGUUUGUGCGUAUGUUAGAAAUGGAGUCUGAAGACUGGGAGGUCAUACCGGAACCAAUCGGCAGGUGGUGCAACGUUCAGAACACGGAGAAUGAGUUCGAGGAGUUGACCACCUCUCAGAAGAGUGGCGGAAACCUUCUGCAAAUGAUGUACGAUAAGCCCAGCCGUUGGUCCUACACCUUCCAGAGUUAUGCGUGUGUGAGCCGUGUGCGCUCCCAACUUCAGAAACCCUCUAUUAAGCUGCAGCAGGCAGAGAAACCGAUCCAGUUUCUUGAGCGUUCUGUCUACAGUGACCGGUAUAUCUUUGCAUCCAACUUGUUUGAGUCUGGAGAGAUGAAUGAAACCGAAUGGGCAAUAUACCAGGACUGGCACAGCUGGCUUCUGUCACAGUUUGAAUCAAAGAUUGAGCUUGACGCCAUCAUCUAUAUGAGAGCUGAUCCAGAGAGGUGUAUGCAGCGUCUGCAUCUGCGGGGACGAGAGGAGGAACAGGGAAUCCCUCUAGAGUAUCUGGAAAAGCUGCAUUACAAGCAUGAGUCCUGGCUGUACCACCGCAACAUCUGCGUGGAGUUCGAGUACCUGAAGGACCUCCCCGUACUUGUGCUCGAUGUGAACGAUGAUUUCAAACACGACAAAAUCAAACGAGCAGAAGUUGUGGACAAGGUGAAGGAGUUCCUGAGCACGCUGUGAUAGCUGGUGUGCACCUUCUCCUGAUGGGUGCAUUCCCUCUGCUUGCCGGAGAUCCACGCUGUCCGCUCUGCAGGAAAUAGACAUACAGAAGAUCAUGCAACACAAGGACCUUCUCCCAACAACAGCUCUUAAAUAUUUUUUGUUUUAUUGCAAUGGAUGUUGUAUAUUUUAAUGCCAUUUUACAUAAUUUAUAAGUGUGUGUGUUUGGGUUUUAUACAUGAUUUAAAAUUUUGUAAAUUGUAAUUUUUUUAUAGUUGAUCCAAGAGAAAUUCACUGACAUGUGCAUUGAGACACACACCUGAGAUAUGUAUGGGGUGUGUUUGUGUACUUGGUGUUUCCUGUGGAUCAAGAGAUGGUGGGGUGGGGUUGUAUUACUGGAAAAUACAGACAUCAGACCAUUGUUGUACAUAUAUUUUUUUAUUUUGCUUGAUGAUGGCAUGUUCCUUCACUGUCAAUGGAGGUAAGCAGUUAUAUCAGAUAUAUCAAAUUAUAUAUAUUUUUUUUACAGUGACAGUUAUAACUACUUUGUUUUUAAUGGUUGCCCAUCUCCAGUGCUUCACGUGGUAUGACAACUGGCUAACUGCACUCCAUGUAGCCCGUGUGCCUGCUCUGUUUCCAUCUACAUUGAUGGCAGAUGCCCUUAGCCAGAGCGACUUGCAUAAAUGCUUGGAAGUCUCAGUGACCUGUUUAACUACCUUGUCUGUCUUUUCCUUGGAAAAACUUAAGUAAGCUCAUCAUAUUAGAGCCUUAUAACAGUGUCUGCUAAAUGAUAAUGUAAUAUAGUCUGACAGUGACAGCCAAUUGAAUUCUGUAAUGUGGGGACAGGAAUCAAGCUUCCAGUGUGAGCCACCAAGACCUUGGUUUAGAUGAUUGUUUUUUUUGGUGUGGCCGGCCGCCAUGGAGAAACGUUAUCAGCGGAAACACUGCACAUACAGUGUAUUGACAUGAUGCAGAAUGUCCACGUGCUUUACAUGACUUGUUUACAACAGCGUGCAUGUAUUCCAAAACAGUCCUUGAGUAAAAGCAAACAAUGGAUUUGA